CAUGAUUUUAGCUUUACCCACCAGUUAGCGGCAGUGUUGCACAAACCCAUUGGUCUUUUGGUUGCCAUAAAGCAUCAGGAACAGGAAGGAGAUGAUCAGAAACAACAACAGGAGGAGAGAUUAAGUUGUGUGUUUGCAGCGAUUAUGGAGGAUUUGGAGACCAGAACGAUGGAGCUUCAGAAGUCGACAUUGAAGAUAGAAAAAAAGAGAAAAACUGAACCAGAUGAAGAAAAAGAUGAUGAUGAAAAUAUGUCUGAAUCCUCGUGCGACUCUGUUCCCUCCACACAUGGAACCCCCAGCAAGAUGCCAAAGUGGGAAAACAACUGUUUUCUAAUGAAUGACGAUUUAAUAAAAGAUCAAAAUCUAUUAAAGGAAGCGGUGGUCGUUUUAACUAAAUUGCCUGAAUAUAAGAUCAACGCUCUGCGGCCACUGACCCCUCCUCAGUUCUACAGCGAAGACGAAACUCUCAGCAGCUCGGAUUCAGAUAUGCCGUGGGAGUCGGAGGAGGAUUCCAGCGAUUCGGAUUUUUCAGUCUUGAACAAUAAAGACAAGUAUUCCAAAUCCAUGAAGAGCGAUGCAACAGCGGGACCUUCAACGAGUAACGACAAUAACACUUACGCCCAUUGCUCUCGUGAAAAUAAUCAGCCGAAUUUGCCUGAAGAAGAAAUCAAAGUGGACAUGAUGGUCAUUGCCAGGAGAAGACCGAUGAGGUGGCAGAAGGGAAAAAUUGAAGACAUUAUUACAAAAGAUGAUGGGCGGUUAAAAUACAAAGUUAGAUUUGAAGAUAAAGGCACGUGUCUUGUUUCUGGACACCACAUUGCCUACGACACCAGACCGAAGGUUGAGCAGCUGUUCAUCGGCACUCGCGUGGUGGUACGCUGUCAAAAUAACAAGUUCCGAUUCCGACCCGGUGUUUUGUCCGAGCUGCCCAGCAGGAGAAACCAGUUCCGAUUCUUGGUGUUCCUGGAUGAUCACACUCCAGUGUAUGUUGGAUUGCCUUUAUUUCACCUGGUGUGCAGGCCAUUGGAGGAUGUUUUAGACGAUGUUCCUGAUGGCCCUCACAAGGGUUUUAUGAGACUGUACCUAAAGGACGAUUGGCUGUACCCUCGUUUAAACAAAUACAGGAUUGGCCAAACUUUCAAUGUGGAGUUAAAUGGAGUCCAGCAGAUGUGUGAGGUACAGGCAGUCGACUGCAGUUUAAUACAAGUCGUUUUUCAGGAAAAUCAUCGAAGGGAGUGGAUCUUCAGAGGCUCCAUGCGACUGGAGCACAUUGCUAGAUUUUGGGGACUGAAAGGGAGGGAAGAUGCCAAGGAUGACUCUGACUCUGAUUAGGUCCUAGAUGGAGGAAACUGUUUAACAGUUGUAGAAACUUAUGAAUAAACAAAUAGUGUUUAGUAAAGUCCCUUAUAGGAAUGUACCCUAUGAUUUUUUUGGUUUUUGUUCAGUCAUAUAUAGGGUUGGGCAUCGUUUUAUUUAGAACGAUUCCGAUUCCAGUUCCUUGUUUCGAUUCCUGUUCCGAUUCCUGUUCCUAUCGAUUCCCGAUUCCGAUUCUUUUAAGACAUGACAUGUUUUACAUGAGCCAGCUAACCUCAGGUCCUACUUGAUGAAAUAAUCUUAACUUCCACAUGAAUUUUAAUUCUAUGAACAAUAACAUCACAUUCAUUUAGACAUAAACAUGUUUUGGAGGGAAAAAAAAGACUUGCAGCACAGCCAGUGUGUUUGUUUCUGACCACAAUCAAAGUCUGGAAGAAACCUCUGGGAUGAGAGGCUAAAUGUCUCCAACACAUCCAGAAACGUCCAGCUGUUUUCCUACCUGCAGCAGCCAUUCAGUCAGAACAGAAAGUGAAACUUAAAUGCAGCUGCUGUCAGUAACAAUCUAACAGAUUUUAAACAUUAAAACUCUCAACAGAAAUAGUUCAGAAAGGAAAUUAAAAUAUUCACAACCAACUUUGUGUGUGAUUUAUUAUUAUUAUUAUUACAAUUAAUUAUUGUGGCAGAAGAUGGUGUGGUUCACCACAGAGAAGCUGCUCUAGCAUGAUGACUUUAAUUAUUCUACAGGUUAUUGUUCAGCCUUCUGAUGCUCUCACACACAUGCACACACACACACACACACACACACACACGAGUGUUGGUGAGCGGCUGCGUCUGACUGCUGGCGCUCUGUGUGUUGUUAUUUCUGCAGUGAGACAAACUCACCUCACACUGUCCUGUUUGUUCUUUAAAGCUUCUAUUAAAUCCACCGUGUUGAUGAAUUUUAACAAGUUUCCUCUACUGGAGUUAAAGUUUACAUUACCGAGUAAAAGUUCGGCAGACGCGUUUGUUUAUAUUUGGGUUGGGGGAGGGGGGAUUCGGUGCUGCACACUGACAGCUGGUGUGAUCAGCUCUGAAAAGCGUUGAUCACAAUUUGCAGAUAAUGUUUAUUUUUCACGGAGAUUAGCCGCAGAUUCCUAUUCCGGUCGGCAUUCUAGAAUCGAAAUAAAAAACUGAACGAUUCCGGGAAAAAUGAACAGUCUGAACCGGUUCCAAUCGAUGCUCGAUGCCCAACCCUAGAUAUAAAAAAUGUAAUUUCAUAUAAGACAAAUCCUUAUGAAACAGUGCUUCUUUAGUGUAUCUUGACAUGUCUCAACUGAAAUGAGUUUUCUUUCUUUUUAAUUGUACAAAUGAUGAAUUCAAAUGGUGAAUUUUAAUAAAAAUAAAUUGUAAAGCAGU